AUGUUACUUGAAAACAUAAAAGUAAUUAGUAUUGAUUUUCAUAGGUUGCUAUUCGAAUUAGGCCAUUUAAUAAUAAAGAUCUUGAGAUUAGUGAUAAGUGUACUCUAAAGGUUACAGAUUAAGAAACCUUAUUAACAAUUCCUCCAGUAGAGAGAGAAGUUAAGUAAGGUAAAAAGAUCUAUAAAUUUAAUUGGGUUUUUGAUUAAAUAGCUUCUCAAAAGGAUAUAUUUGAAAAGACACUUGAGUAUUAAGUACUUUGUUUGUUAGAUGGAAUAAAUGUAACACUUUUUAGUUACGGGGCAUCUGGAACAGGAAAGUCUCAUACGUAUAUAUAUUUAAGUUAUUUUAAGACUUAUGAAACUAAAUGAAGAUUAUGGAUUAUUGAUUAGAGCUCUUAAUUAGUUAUUUUAAACUAUACAUAUUAAAAAGAGGAAGAUUUCUAUGAAAUUCUCAUAUUUAGAAAUUCAAUAAGAAUAACUUUAUGAUUUACUUAAUAAUAUGAAUGGUAAUCUAGAGAUAAGAGAUGAUAUUGAUAAAGGAUUGAUAAUAAAUGGAAUGAGAGAAAUCGAUGUUGUUAGCACCUAAGAAGUAAUUAAUUUAAUAUAGUAUGGAAAACGACAAAAAUCAAGUAAAUAACAUGAAAUUCUAAUAUUAACAAACUACAUUUAAGAUAAUAUUGGUUCAAAUAAUGAAAUUUCUGUUUCUAAAUUUAUUAUAGCUGAUCUAGGUUGGAUUGAUAAAAGUGGAUAAAAGUCUGCAUCUUUAUAAGUUCUUAAUGAUUGUAUUUCCUUAAUGAGUGAAGCUUAGAAUAAAAAGAUUUAACCAUUCAUUCCAUAUAGAAAUAGUAAAUUAACUAGAAUUCUAAAGGAUUCAUUCAGUGGCAAUUCUAAAACAUUAAUUAUUGGAUGUGUUUCACCUUCUAUAAUAAAUUAUGAAGAUACUAUUCAAACACUUGAGUAUUGUUAAAUGGCUUCAGGGAUAUUCAAUUAAGGAAUCAUCAAGAAUCUACAAUAAAAUAAUCAUUAAGAAGAUUUUAAAUUAAUUUAUGAUUAAUUAGUAAAUGAGAAUGCAGAAUUAAAGAAAUAAUUAAAUAACAAAUCAAUUUAGAAACCUAUCAUUAAUGAUAAAGAAUAAACAAAAUUAUAUGAAGAAAAUAUUAUUGAUCAUUUUAAUAAUGAAUAAGAUAUUAAUCAAUCUAUUUUUAAGUAUAAAUGGGAAAUUGAGUAAAUUAAAUUUAAUAUUAAUGAAAACUAAGAAAAUCUUUAACGUAUUGAUGGAAUAGAUAGAAAAGCAGCAGAUUCAUUUAGACAUCUAAUUGAAUAAGAUUAAAAGUUAUUAUAUAAUUAUUAAGAAUAAUUAACUAAAUUUUAAAAAGAAGCUAGUAAUUUUGGUAUCCAAAGAACAGCAUUAUAAGAAGUAAGAUAAUUAAAUUAUAAAUUUAGAAUGUAAAUUAAAGUAAUUUAUCAAAUUCUUAUAAAUUAUAUUUAAUUAAUCUAAUUGAAAAACAUAUUCUGAGAUUAGAAGUAUAUGAGAUUAAACUUAAAGAAUAAAUAAAUGAAUUACAUAGAUAAUAACAUGAAAGAAUAAUGGCAAUAUAAAGAAGUUAGAUAACUUUGCGUGACAGAAUUAUUGCAGAUUAAAGAAAACAUAUUAUAUAACAUGGUAAAAAUCAUUCAGUUUAACAUUAUUCUUAAAUUGAUACAACAACUGAAGUGAUAGAUGGAACUAAAGCAAAACUCAAACAUUAUCCAUUACCAAAAGUUAAAGGUACUAUGAAUUUAAAAUUAAGAUCAUUAUUUUAAUAGGGAAGCUUACAUUUAAAGAAAAGAGUCACCUAAAUCAAUAUUUAGUCCAAGAUUACAAACUCCUUUACAAUUAAAAGAUAAAAAACCUUUUGUACCUAAAACUCCUCACACUAAAAUACUUGAUAAUCUUUCUACUCCAACUUUACCAAAAUAAAAUCCACUUGCAAAAGCACCUCCAUAAAAAAUUAUUGAUUCUAAAUCAAUGGUUGCCUUGCCAUUAAUAACAACAAAUAGAAAUUUAUCUAAGUUUGUUUAUGAUUGGAGAGGAGGUGGUUAUAAAUUCAUAGAAGAUGCUAAUAAAAUACCAUCUUAAAGAGAACUUAAAUAAAUUAUUUAAUCCAAAUAACAUACUUAAUAAAGUCUUGACAAAUCAUUUUUCACUACUUCUAGUAGAAGUAUAUCAAUAUAAAAUUAUUAGGCACAUCUACAAAAAGAGUAUCUUUUAAGUAAAGUUUAUUACUUCCUGGAAAAGUUCAUGAAUCACCUUAUGUAAAAGGAUUUAUUAAUAAAGAAAUAUAAAGAAAGAUCAAAUUACAAUAAUUGAAUUAAAAAAUGAUGAAAGCUUCUAAAAAGAAAUGA